GCGAUGGAGACAAAACUCCCAGGAAGCUCUUUUCUCCGGCACCUCUGGUAGCCACAGACCGCAAGAGAGAAGCCGCACUCCCGAGAAAAAAAAAUCACACUUAAAACACAAUUCAAGAACAGUGAAAGGACGGGAAAAGGCCUCAGUCUAGCCUAAAGCAGUCAUGUCGGCCAAAGCCAUCUCCGAGCAGACGGGAAAGGAGUUCCUCUACAAGCACAUCUGCACUUCGGCAGCAGUCCAGAACAGAUUCCGCUAUGCCAACGUGACGGCAGAGACGGACUUUGAACGCCUGGCGCAAGAGCACCCAUGGCUGCUCACAGAGAGGCUGGUGGUGAAGCCGGACCAGCUGAUCAAGAGGCGGGGGAAGCUGGGCCUCGUCGGGGUCAACCUGGACCUGAAUGGCGUCAAAGAAUGGCUGAAGACCCGCCUCAUGAGAGAGACAAUGGUGGGGAAAGCCAGGGGCAUUCUCAAGAACUUCCUCAUCGAGCCGUUUGUCCCCCAUAAGCAGGAGGAGGAGUUCUACGUGUGCAUCUACGCCACUCGAGAGGGCGACUACGUGCUGUUUCACCACGAGGGAGGGGUCGAUGUGGGAGAUGUUGAUGCCAAGGCGAAGAAGCUGCUGAUUGCAGUGGAUGAAAAGAUCAGUGAAGACGCUGUGAAGAAAGAGCUGCUGACUCAUGUCCCCAAUGACAAGAAAUCGGUUCUCGCCAGCUUCAUCGUUGGACUCUUCAACCUUUAUGAGGACCUGUUCUUCACCUACCUGGAGAUCAAUCCGCUGGUGGUAACAAAAGCUGGAGUUUACGUGCUGGACAUGGCAGCAAAGAUCGAUGCCACAGCUGAUUAUAUCUGCAAGGCCAAGUGGGGCGACGUGGAGUUCCCUCCACCUUUCGGCAGGGAGGCGUACCCUGAGGAGGCCUACAUUGCCGACCUCGAUGCCAAGAGCGGUGCCAGCCUCAAACUGACCCUGCUUAACCCCAGAGGCAGGAUCUGGACCAUGGUGGCGGGAGGAGGUGCCUCAGUGGUGUACAGUGACACAAUCUGUGAUCUGGGUGGUGUCAAUGAGCUGGCUAACUAUGGCGAGUAUUCAGGAGCCCCAAGUGAACAGCAGACCUACGACUACGCCAAGACUAUCCUGUCCCUGAUGACCAGAGAGAAGCACCCUGAUGGAAAGGUUUUGAUCAUUGGUGGAAGCAUUGCAAACUUCACCAAUGUUGCAGCAACAUUUAAGGGGAUUGUGCGAGCCAUCAGAGACUACCAGGUGCCACUGAAGGAGCAUGAAGUCACCAUUUUUGUCCGCCGUGGAGGCCCCAACUACCAGGAAGGUCUCAGAGUGAUGGGAGAAGUCGGCAAGACGACUGGUAUCCCCAUCCACGUCUUUGGCACAGAAACUCACAUGACUGCCAUUGUUGGAAUGGCACUGGGCCAUCGGCCAAUCCCCAACCAGCCCCCUGUCGCUGCCCACACUGCCAACUUCCUCCUCAACUCCAGCGGCAGCACAUCGACCCCAGCAUCCAGCAGAACUGCUUCUUUCUCUGAAAACAGAGCCAAAGUUGAUGGCUCACCAGCCAAGAAAGCCAAAGCUGGAGCUCCCAUUGCCAAGGCAACGUCUCUCUUCAGCAAACACACCAAGUCCAUAGUGUGGGGUAUGCAGACCCGGGCAGUACAGGGUAUGAUGGACUUUGACUACGUCUGCUCCAGAGACGAGCCAUCUGUCGCCGCCAUGGUCUACCCGUUCACUGGAGACCACAAACAGAAGUACUACUGGGGCCAUAAAGAGAUCCUCGUCCCCGUGUAUAAGAACAUGAGUGAUGCCAUGAAGAAGCACCCAGAUGUGGACGUGCUCAUCAGCUUUGCCUCUUUGCGUUCAGCCUUCGACAGCACCAUGGAGACCAUGCAGUACCCACAAAUUCACACCAUUGCCAUCAUCGCUGAGGGAAUCCCUGAAGCCCACACCAGGAAGAUCAUCAAAGCUGCAGAUGAGAAGGGUGUCACAAUCAUUGGGCCUGCAACCGUUGGAGGAAUCAAACCAGGCUGUUUCAAGAUCGGAAACACAGGAGGCAUGCUGGAUAACAUCCUGGCCUCCAAGCUCUAUCGUCCAGGCAGCGUGGCCUACGUGUCCCGCUCAGGCGGCAUGUCCAAUGAACUCAACAACAUCAUCUCACGCACCACCGACGGGGUUUUUGAAGGCGUGGCCAUUGGCGGAGACAGAUACCCAGGCUCUGUGUUUACUGACCACGUGCUGCGCUACCAAGACACUCCUGGAGUAAAGAUGAUUGUUGUUCUGGGAGAGAUUGGAGGCACAGAGGAGUACAAGAUCUGCCAGGGGAUCAAACAGGGACGGAUCACAAAGCCGGUGGUGUGUUGGUGUAUCGGCACCUGUGCCACCAUGUUCUCCUCAGAGGUUCAGUUCGGCCACGCGGGAGCCUGUGCCAACCAGGCCUCUGAGACAGCGGUGGCUAAGAACAACGCUCUGAAAGAGGCCGGUGCCUUCGUCCCCAAGAGCUUUGACGAGCUGGGAGAGGUCAUCAGUUCUGUUUAUGAUGACCUUGUUGCCAAAGGAGUUAUCCAGCCAGCAGAAGAGAUGCCUCCUCCCACUGUGCCGAUGGAUUACUCUUGGGCACGAGAGCUGGGUCUGAUCCGUAAGCCUGCUUCCUUCAUGACCAGUAUCUGUGACGAGAGGGGUCAGGAGCUCAUCUACGCUGGCAUGCCCAUCACUGAGGUCUUCAAGUCUGAAAUAGGCCUGGGAGGAACUCUGGGGCUUCUCUGGUUCCAGAGGAGGUUGCCGAGGUAUGCCUGCCAGUUCAUUGAGAUGUGCCUGAUGGUGACUGCUGAUCACGGCCCUGCUGUUUCUGGUGCCCACAACACCAUCGUCUGCGCUCGGGCUGGCAAAGAUCUCAUCUCCAGCCUCACCUCUGGACUUCUCACCAUCGGUGACCGCUUUGGAGGAGCUCUGGAUGCUGCAGCAAAGCAGUUCAGCAAGGCUUUUGACAGCGGCAUGCUGCCCAUGGAGUUUGUCAACAAGAUGAAGAAGGACGGCAAGCUGAUCAUGGGCAUCGGCCACAGAGUCAAGUCGAUUAACAACCCAGACAUGAGAGUGCAAAUCUUGAAGGACUUUGUGAAGCAGCACUUCUCCUCCACCCAGCUGCUUGAUUACGCUCUGGAUGUAGAGAAAAUCACCACGUCCAAAAAACCCAACUUGAUCCUGAAUGUGGAUGGCUUCAUUGGUGUGGCCUUUGUGGACCUGCUAAGGACUUGUGGUGGCUUUACACGGGAUGAAGCUGAUGAGUUUGUGGAAAUCGGAGCUCUGAAUGGCAUUUUUGUCCUGGGACGCAGCAUGGGAUUUAUUGGACACUAUCUGGACCAGAAGAGGCUGAAGCAGGGUCUGUAUCGCCACCCAUGGGACGACAUCUCCUAUGUGCUCCCAGAACACAUGUCCAUGUGAUCUCUCUGUCCCCAAAUCCCCUCACCUCAUCGUGGGAAAGAUGUUACUAGUAAUAUAGCUGUAAAUUGCAAAAAUAUUGAGAAGAAGAUUAUGUUUUUAAUUUUGGAAACCUGUAAGUGCUGCAGUUCUGUGAAUAUAAGUAAACCUGCUAAACUGUGAAGCUCCAGUGAGACAAGAUUUCUCAGAUAUUCAGACGAGGAUGUAAUAGUGGAUUAUUCAACGACUGACCGCCGCCGCCCUCAUGGCUCGUGAAGUACUGUAAUUUAUCCAGAAUAAUUAUCAUUGUUGUAUUAACCUAGCAUGCCUCACAGACUGUUGUGUCUCUGUGCAGCUCGCUUCAUUGUGCCAAUUAUGAAUCAAAAGGUGAACACGUAGUGCAAUAACAAUGUGAGAGCAUACUGUAGAACUUAAUUUAUACAUAGAUGUAUUAAUAGUGGAAAUUAAACGGUACAAGAUUGUUAUAGUUUUGUUUUUCAUUAAUGUUUUUGGCACAGUGGCAAAAAUGAAACAGCAGUGUGGCAAAAGGGACAAUUUUUAGUCAUUCCUGGCAAAUGUUCUCUCUCGGCUGGUGAAAAGUGUGAGCAUUUUCAAAAAGGGUUUAAGUAAAAGUAGACUGCUGUUAGUCAUAGAAACAAAAGAAGAAGGGAAAAAAAAGUUUUUCCUCUCACCAGCAUUUUUUCGCCCCAGGAUGCCAUUAUAUUUCCAUGAGCUAUGAAAAGAUUACAUAUUCACUAUUUUUAAGGUCUUAAUAUUGUUAAUAUAAAUGCACUAAUCCCAUUACAAUAACUUGAAUUAUUGUUUCACUAUUAAGACGGCACAUAAUUUUAGCAGUCAAAUAGCAUUAGAUAUUUUAUACAUUCAUAUUUUUUUCACAUUAAAAAUUUAAUUAAUUAUGAUUGAAUUAUUUGCCUUUUUUUGCUCUCUUUUACUCAGACUUUUUUUUUGUAUGAAUCAAACCAAAUAACAUGACACAUGCAGCAAACAAGUCUCACCUUAGGUCAUUUGACACACCUGUCAGAUUGCUAUGGUGUAUCCAACAGAGACCUUAUAUGGUCAUGAUCACUUAGGACAAAACUUCAAUUCUCUUCUAAACAAAAGCAAAUUACACAUUUUCCCAGAAUUCAUGAGGUCUAAAAUAAGAUGUUCGGUAGUCAUCAGCAGUGUCAUCUUUUAUGUGAAUGUUCUUCAGGCAACCAGAAACCUCACCAAUGUUGUCGCAAUGUUUGAUGUUUAUUAUUGUCUCAAUGUGAACUAAACGUGCCUCUGUACUGACCUGUUGUAUGUUGACAACUGUGUAACUGAGUAAAAUAAAAUCU